AUGACUGGAAAGAUCGCCCUGAGUAGUGUUUCUCUCAUCUUUGCCUGUGGAACAGCUCUGUUUUCUGAUGGUUAUGCCAACAAUGUCAUUGGUCCUGUCAAUACUCUUCUAAAACGCAUAUACGGCACUGGUUCCGACGGCAUCACUACGAACUACAGCACCACACUCUCUAGUGUCGCCUUCGCAGGCACCGUGGUGGGUAUGUUUACCUUUGGCUACCUCUCCGACAAAGCUGGACGCAAAUUCGGUAUGAUGUCCGCAACUGGGAUCGUUGCAGUAUUUUCUGGUCUCUCAUCUGCUUCGUCUGGUGCUAACAAUAGCCUUGACGGUAUGCUCGCUAUGCUUAUUGCAUGUCGCUUCCUUCUUGGGAUUGGCAUUGGUGCUGAAUACCCUUGCGGUUCCGUGUCCGCAUCUGAACAGUCGGAGGAAGAGGGCAUUGCUAAGAAUUCGCAACACCAGUGGCUUUACACCAUGAUUGAUUUUGGUUUUGUUAUUGGAGCAUUCGUACCAUUGGUUCCUGCUACUGGUGUCUUUCUUUGGCGGCUACGCAUGGAGGAGCCUAAUCGCUACAAGCGCGAUUCGAUGAAGCAUGUCCGUAUUCCAUACCGACUAGUCAUUAAAAGAUACUGGCGUGGCCUGCUUGGCAUCUCGCUAGCAUGGUUCAUCUAUGACUUUAUCACGUAUGUCAACGACCGCUUCCAGUGCACUCUGACUAUUCAUCUCCUCACCGUCGUCUUUGGUUGGUCUGUUGUGAUCAACCUGUUCUACAUUCCAGGCACCGUUAUAGGUGCCUUCUUCGUUGAUCUCAUGGGUCCAAAGGCCAUCAUGAUCACUGGCCUUCUCGCACAAGCGGUCAUUGGAUUUAUCAUGAGUGGUCUUUAUACACAGCUGUCACAACACGUUGCCGCUUUUGCUGUGGUGUACGGCAUCUUCCUGAGCUUCGGCGAGUUUGGUGCGUGGAAGUUGCGCAAUCACUCCCCGUCUUUUGAACUCUGUUUGCCUAGUCCUGGGCCUACUGCUGUGCGUGGACAGUAUUACGGUGUUGCAGCUGCUACUGGAAAAAUUGGCGCAUUCAUUGGAACUUGGGUGUUCCCUGUGAUGAUCAACGAUUUUGGUGGCUCAGGUUCAGCUAAAGGGAACACUGGCCCCUUCUUUGUUGCCAGCGGUCUUGCCAUCCUAAGCGCAAUCAUUGUAUACUUUCUUGUGACGCCUUUGGACCACGAUGGUAUGAAGGAAGAAGAUGCCAAGUUCCGAGAAUACCUCGAAGCGCACGGUUUUGAUACCUCACGUAUGGGUCUCCCUAAAACUGAAACCGUGUCAUAUGCGGAAGGCAAAGAGGCGGGUUUAGCGGUCAAGGACACUGACUCAGCGACCAAAGUUUAG